GUCAUAAAUAGAGGAUUUUAAAACUUUGAAAGAAUGUUUUAGAUAUAGAUCAUCACGUGCAUGUUUUAGAUAUAGAUCAUCACGUGCACGGCACGAAUAGUGAAGUUUCCCGCCGAAAACCAAUGCCUAACAAAACCAAACAGAAUAUAAAUACAAAGAAGCAUACACAAAAUUAAUGGAGGCCAACCCAAUGAUCAACGCUACAUCCUCAUUUCCCCAAUUCCAUUCUAUCUCCCUUGUUGAAAAAUGCAGCAGAGAGCUUUCCGUCCAACAACCGACAAUCAUUGCAGCGUAAUGAUCUCCACCACAUCCCGAGAGCCUCAAGGAAUAAGAUCAUCAAUGGAGGACGAUUUCACUGCCGCUGGUGAUCUUCUUCCAAUUUCCGAUCCUCGUUUCAGCAUAAGGAAGCGAGAUCGCAAUUCACGCUACAGAUUCCACGUGCAUUGGAUUCAUUUGAUUCCUUUGAUUCUGCUCCUCAUUCUCUUUAUUCUCUGGUGGUCAUCUUAUCCAGUGAUCAAGGAUGGAGGAAUUAGGGCAGAUUAUGAGAAGGAACGGCUUCCGGAGGUGCCGAAGUACGUUGAUCAUACCGAACUUGCCGUUUUAGGAGAUGCUGGAAUGCAUAUUGCUUCGAGUCCUUUGAAUCUAACCAGCGUUGGCGAUCGAGAUUCACGGAUAAUACCGAUAGGAGGGAGGAUUGCGUGUUUUAAUUUCAAUACUUUUGCAAAAGAAAAAGAAAAAACUGAUGGGCGGAUCCAUUGGAGCAGAGGAUUGAAGGGUGGGCCAGAGUCCAUUAGUAGUCAAUUUUAGUGAUUGCACAUGAGGCAUGUGAUUCCAUCGGCCUUCCAUGGAAACCUACCUCAAACAACCACGGCCAGUUGAGGAGGGGACCAUAUUAGGGCCGAAUUAAAAACUACAUAAAUAAAGAAAUAAAAUGUAUAUUGUAUAUUGUAUAUUGUAUAUUGUAUAUUGUAUAUGUAUGAGUGUGUAGAUAUGUGUUAGAUUAAUAUAAGGAAAGGGGGGUUUUGAUGAAGUGAUGUGACUCCACAUUUGGGCCAUCCUAUCUGUACACUCAAAGCCGUGACCGGAUAAGCUAAAUGAAAUAUAACAACAACAACAACAACACAAGAAGAAGAAGAAAGAAAGAAAAAAAAAAAGGUAAUUUCACGUGGUAUGUGGGCCCUACCACAUGUGGGGCUUCCACUCCCUCCUUCGUCUCUUUCACUCCUCCUCCACUCCACCAUUGGCAUUUUAGGUAUUCCGCCAUCUAUAGUUUCUUCACUUUUAGCUUUUAAUUAUUUCUAAUUUUUAAAUUAAUGUUUAUUACUGCUUUAUAGUAGAUUUUUUUUUUAA